AUGUCUGCUCCCGCGCCCCGGCGCAUGUUCCUGUAUCCAGAUCCUGUCCGAGCUAUGGAGAAUGUCAGCUUCGUUCGCAGAGCCGCAUGGAAAAACGCCAAGUUCGGGUCGCUCCGAGACAUCUGGGACUACAUCGUCACCGUGGAGCCACGACAUGACCCUGCCGUGUUCCCUGUCGUAGACGAUGCUAGCCACGCCGAAGUGAAGCCCACUGAUCACUCGGACUCGGAGGGCAUCUUGGAUCAACAUCAUUUUGCGCGCAAAUCAUCCAUGUUCCCAAAUACGGCGGCAUACUACCGUUCCCAGUAUCUAUCAGGAGAACUCACGCCGCUGGAUGUCGCACAUGCAAUUUUGCCCCUCAUCCGCCGCGACACGUCGCCACCCGGCGAACAUUCCGUGGCGUGGAUCGAGGUGCAUGCUGAGCUGGUACUCAGAGCAGCCGAGGCAUCGACGAUUCGAUAUAACGAGAAGAGAUCCCUCGGGCCGCUGGACGGUGUACCAACGGCCGUAAAAGAUGAGUACGAUGUCCUUGGCUACCGUACUACUCAAGGCGGCAUCCACGAUUAUGCUGAAUUUCUUGAAGUCGGGCCAGGGGCUCGGGGUAAUGUAGGCCAGCCUUCUUGGUGUGUGUCAAAACUAGAGGAGGCUGGUGCGGUCAUAUACGGCAAGCUGUCAUUGCACGAAUUCGGCAUGGACACCGCUGGUUACAACAUAUUCCAUGGAACGCCGAGAAACCCGUACGACCCAUCCUACUACACGGGUGGCAGUUCGUCAGGUUGUGGAUAUGCCGUCGCGACUGGAAUUGUGCCCUUGUCCAUGGGAGCCGACGGGGGCGGCAGCAUUCGUCUCCCUGCAUCCUUCUGUUCCGUCUUUGGACUCAAACCCACUCACGGAAGGGUGUCCUUUUACCCGGGCCAGAAUCACAGCGGAACGGCUGCUGUGCGUGGUCCGAUUGCAUCCGACAUGCGCUCCCUGGUUGCCCUCUACGAAGUCACAAGCGUGCCUGAUCCCCAAUCCUUCUUCCCGCCAGCAAAACCUUUCGACUUUUCAUCAGAGGGGGAGCAGACCAAGAUUUUGGGUUUCCCCAUAGACUGGAUCUCCCGUGCCGACCCAGAGGUCCAAAAGAUCUGCCAGAACCUCAUCGACCGUCUCGUUGACCAAAAGGGCUACACCGUCGUUCCCAUUGACAUUCCGCUUGUGGCCGAAGGACAAAUAGCACAUGCCAUCACCCUCCUCACAGACGCAUCUAGUCUCGUGCAGAGCACAAAAGGCAUCUCACCCGCCAAUCGAAUCCUCCUGGCACUCGGACGCACCACACCGGCCUGGGACUUUCUUCUCGCCCAAAAGCUACGGCGGGUGCUGAUGGAGCACCUGUCCUGGCUGUGGCAGCAGCAUCCUGGGAUGAUCAUUGUCACCCCUACGAGCGCCAGCGCUGGUUGGCCGAUUCGGAACGAAAAGGAGCUGAAGUAUGGCAUUAGCGAUGGAGAUCAGACGAUGAAGACGAUGGAGUAUGUGUGGCUGGCCAACUACUGUGGCGUCCCGAGUAUCACUGUUCCCGCGGGAUACGCCAUGGCUGAAGGUAAAACUGGAUCUGCCGUUUCGCCAACUGUGCCUGUUGGUCUGAUGGGCACCGGCGAGUGGUGUUCAGAGGAGGCUUUGCUGCGUUUUGGUCUCGAUGCAGAGGAUGUUGGUCACGAUAUUCUGCGUCACCCACCGAAUUGGGUUGAUGUGGGACGUCUGGCAAAGCAAGAGAAGGAGCGUACUGGCUCUGUAACGGACGGUUCGGGGUCUGUGGUGACCGAGGGAGAUGAGGUGCCUUUGAUAGUAUAAUUGGCCGGUGAUACGAGCGUCUGUCCCUUAGCUUCAGAAGUAGGUGUGAUCCCAUGUUAACUUCAACGGUUGACAC